GUCAUGUGCCUUAAGUUUAAUUAAUUCUUUAAUGCCUGCCAGGUGUCCAAAUCAGGGGCAUGACAAGAUUAUUAAUCAUGAUGAACUUCCAUGAUGCAAGCACAAGUUCACAACCACAAAAGUGCAUCAUGGAAGGAGAUACGGAGAAACAGAGCCUGGAUUUUUUCUCAAUCAUCAACUCCAUUAGUAAAUAGAGUAGCUUCAAAUUCACAUUAUUAUGCUCUCAACUUGCUCUGGACUGUGCUAAUUACUUCUGUAGACUGUAGCUGUACGAAUAAAUAAUUCCAUUUUUUAUUUAUAAUUAUAAUCUGUGAUGGCUUCUCCUCCAAAAAAAAUAUAAAUAAAAAUAAAAUAAAAAAUCUGUGAUGGCCCACCUAGACCCACCCACACCAUCUACUAAUUAAUGGUGAAAUCAUAGGUGGGUUAGUGGAUAAAUCAUAUUUCAGUUGUCUAAGAAAAUGGGUUGCUUGGAAGAACCUUUUUCAACUGUUGAAGUCAACAAAACGCUGCCCUUACCACACCUCACACUAGCAAUUCUAGGUUUCUAGCUAAUCCAUUGAAAAAAGCAGUCCCAUUACUACUGUUGAUUGAGAAAAUUGCCAUCAAUUGUAUUGACAAAACGAGCAGCAUGAACUCGUUUUGAUUGUAAUACUUCCCAUCAUCCUUGACCAAAUAAAAAAUAAAAAAAACUUCCCAUCAUUUAAUCAACUGUAAACAUCUAAGGGCAGGGCAAUACUAGAAAUUCUCCUUUUUUUGGUAAAUACAUUAGGUGUCUCUACGUUCGAAGAGUGAGAUUAAUAGCUACUCGGAGUUCGGCUUGUUUCUGGACACAAAGUGCUUCUAACGAAUUUCAAAUCCCUGCUAUUGAGGCACUAAGUAGCUCGCCAACUGGAAGUGACAGUUUGCCAACCGCACCACACCUUUUGAAAUUCUCUUUCACUAAAACGAAAAAAAAAAAACAAUCUCUUUUGAUUUAUUAUUAUUAUUUUUUAAAUUGAUAUUUUGAGCAUGAGUGAUUCUGUCGUUUUGCACCAAAGUUUGAAUCAUAAUCCUGUUUCGGUAGAGUACUUUAUCAAAAGGGAAAAGGAAUUAAUACCCCCGGGGCUACAUAUGAAUUAAAAGCUCCUCACUAAACCAGUCUCCUCCAUCUGAACACUAUAUAAUUUAAUUGGUAGUAUUAUAUUUGAUCUUUAAAAGACGGUGAUUAGCAUUUUGAAUAACAAAUUGCCAAUUUCCAAUUGGAUUUCAAUUCAAUCGGAGUAAAAAAAAAAAUCAACCAACUUCCAAUUAUAGAAAAAGAAUCAAUUAUCAACACACACUCAAUGAAGAAUUAUUGAAUUCCCCCACCAAGAAAAAGGUCACCAACCCAAAUAGAUAUGUCCAUUAAACCUUGCUCAUUUAUGAAGCCCAACCUCUGUCUACUCCGGUCUGGCCUCUUUGUUCUCUCCUUCCCAAUAUACCCCUCCUCUGUUAAAUGCCUCUCUCACGGUUUUCUUGACACUCCCAUCAGACAAAACCCCGCUGUUUUCCUUUAGAAUACAUAUGACAGUUUUUUUAUGUUUGUUUUUCAGAAAAAAAUAUAUGCAACAAAACUAGAGCUUCCCCUUCUCAUAUUCUACUUCUACACAGAGACAAAAGUGCUUCCUCUUUUGUGUUGUUUGUUUCUGUUGCUUUCAUCGACCUGCAAAGCCACACAAGAUGAGCUCACAUUCCAUCUGAAAACACCAGAAAUCCUUAGCUCUUGAGAACCCGUUUGUUAUAUGCAUGUGCUACUUCACCUAUUGGUUAUUUGCCGUCAUUCAGUUUUGGGGUUUUCUUAUCAAGAAAAGGACCACAAACCAACCAAUUCUGCAUGUAACUUCUUGUUUUUGGAGAGUUUUAGCCUAACAAUCAUGUUUUCUUGAAACCCGAAACCACUUUACACUGUGCAGUAGUGGUCGUGUGGGAUUUAAUGGAGCUGCAGAGGCCAAGCAAGUACUUCUGAGAUGGACCCAAGACCAUUUAUGAUACUACAAUGCUGCUUUUGAAGCUCUGAGAGAGAGAGAGGGAGGGGGUUGUUUGAGGAGUUUAGUGCUGGUUUGGGUUAAACUUUGAAGCACCUUUUCUCCUGUUGCACUACUCUUUUUUUUCUUUUUCCAAAUGGGUUUCGGUUUCUUUGUUUCUCUACUGGUGCUUUCACUUUUCUUGAAGCCUUUGGCUUGUCAACAACCCAAUACAGAUGGGUUCUUUGUCUCUCAGUUCUUGCAAAAGAUGGGCUUAUCCUCUUCUCAGCUCUACAACUUCUCUGCUCCUGUUUGCUCAUGGAAAGGAGUAUUCUGUGAUGCAAAAAAGGAAUAUGUUUUUGGCUUAGAGGUUUCUCGUUUGGAACUCUCUGGUUCUAUCCCUGAUACCACUAUUGGAAAGCUCACCAAGCUCCAGACUUUGGACCUUAGCAACAACAAAAUCACUGGUCUUCCUUCAGAUUUGUGGAGUCUAGGCUCACUCAAGUACCUUAAUCUCUCCCAUAACCAGAUUUCUGGGUCCUUGCCAAACAACAUUGGCAACUUUGGUCUACUUGAAAGCUUCGACCUUUCCAGCAACAAUUUCUCUGGUGAAAUUCCUGCUGCUAUAAGCUCCCUCGUCAGUCUGCGAGUUCUUAAACUCAGCCAAAACUUGUUUGAAAAUAGCAUCCCAUCAGGAAUUGUGAGUUGCCAAUCUUUGUUUUGGAUUGAUCUCUCAUCGAAUCGGUUAAAUGGGUCUCUUCCAGAUGGUUUUGUUGCUGCAUUUCCUAAGCUCCAAAUGUUGAAUCUUGCUGGAAAUGAGAUUUCUGGCCGGGACUCCGAUUUCUCAGAGAUGAAAUCCAUUACUUCUCUUAAUAUUUCUGGGAAUAUGUUUCAGGGUUCGGUAGUAGGUGUCUUUAAGGAGCUGUUGGAGGUGGUUGACCUGAGCAGGAACCAGUUUCAAGGUCACAUUUCUCAGGUACAAUUCAAUACUAGCUACAAUUGGUCUCAUUUGGUUUAUUUAGACCUUUCUGAGAAUCAGCUUGGCGGAGAAAUUUUACAUAAUUGGAAUCAAGCCCAGAAUCUCAAACACCUUAACCUAGCAGACAAUAGAUUUACAAGGCAGGAAUUCCCAAGAAAUAUGGAAAUGCUUUUGGGUUUGGAAUACCUUAAUUUGUCUAAAACUAGUCUUACGGGUCGCAUUCCUGCUGAGGUUUCCAAAUUGAGUAACUUGAAUACACUUGAUCUUUCUCAGAACCAUCUUAUAGGCCACAUUCCAUUACUCAGUAUAAGAAAUCUCCAAGUUUUUGAUGUUUCAUUCAACAACUUGAGUGGAGAAAUCCCUGCAUCACUCUUGGAGAAACUCCCUUGGAUGGAGAGGUUCAACUUCUCUUACAAUAAUUUGACACUUUGUGCUUCUGAAAUCUCCCCUGAAACCCUCCAAACAUCUUUCUUUGGUUCAUCAAACAGCUGCCCCAUUGCAGCGAACCCGGUACUUUUAAGAAGACGAGCCACUAAGGACAACCACAAGGGACUAAAGCUUGCUUUGGUUUUGACCUUCUCAAUGGUAUGCUUGCUUGCUGGUUUGCUAUUUCUAGCAUUUGGUUGCAGAAGGAAAACCAGAAUGUGGGAAGUAAAACAACCCUCAUACAAGGAAGAGCAAAAUAUAUCAGGCCCUUUUUCAUUCCAGACUGAUUCAACUACAUGGGUUGCGGAUGUUAAGCAAGCAACUUCGGUCCCUGUAGUAAUUUUCGAGAAGCCAUUGCUGAAUUUCACAUUUUCAGAUCUCUUAUCUGCAACUUCAAAUUUUGACCGGGGAACCCUUUUGGCUGAAGGGAAAUUUGGGCCUGUUUAUAGAGGAUUUCUUCCGGGUGGAAUUCAUGUAGCAGUGAAAGUUUUGGUCCAUGGUUCUACAUUGACAGACCAGGAAACUGCAAGAGAGUUUGAAUAUCUUGGUCGAAUCAAACACCCCAAUCUUGUUCCAUUAACUGGAUAUUGUUUAGCUGGGGACCAAAGGAUUGCUAUCUAUGAUUACAUGGAGAAUGGGAACCUUCAGAAUUUGCUUUAUGACUUGCCACUUGGGGUUCAGACAACAGAGGAUUGGAGCACAGAUACAUGGGAAGAAGAUGAUAACAAUGGCAUUCAAAAUGUUGGUUCUGAAGGGUUGUUAACAACUUGGAGAUUCCGUCACAAAAUUGCACUUGGCACUGCGAGAGCAUUAGCAUUUCUACACCAUGGUUGCUCACCUCCAAUUAUUCAUAGAGACGUUAAAGCUAGUAGUGUUUAUCUGGAUUAUAACUUGGAGCCAAGAUUAUCUGAUUUUGGACUGGCUAAGAUUUUUGGCAAUGGUUUAGAUGAAGAGAUCUCUCGAGGGUCACCAGGGUACCUGCCGCCUGAGUUUUCUCAGCCAGAAUAUGAUACUCCAACACCAAAAUCUGAUGUAUAUUGCUUUGGAGUUGUUCUCUUUGAGCUGAUUACUGGGAAAAAGCCAAUUGGUGAUGAUUAUCCUGAGGAGAAAGAUGCAACUUUGGUGAGCUGGGUUAGAGGAUUGGUUAAAAAGAACAGAGGAGCAAGCGCUAUUGACCCAAAAAUUCGUGAUACAGGACCUGAUGACCAAAUGGAGGAGGCCCUCAAGAUUGGAUAUCUGUGCACAGCUGACCUUCCCUUAAAGCGACCGAGCAUGCAUCAGAUAGUUGGUCUUCUUAAAGAUAUGGAACAAACAGGUAACCAAUGAAGAACAAAUUAAGCUGAAAAAGGAAAAUGUGGGAGUUUAUUCUUUAGCUUUUCUUUCCUAUUUAUUUUUGUUCUUGUUGGCUGUUAUGGAUUCUUUUUUUGCUUCCAUGGGAAAUUGUACAGUAGCCCUGGAAAUUCAGUUUGGACUUUUGAUGUCGGUUCUCUUUGUGUUGUCAUUGUUUUGUGACAAUAAAGUUGGAAUUUAUCUAUACAAAGGAGUUUGAUUUGAGAUGUAGUUUCUUUCUUACAAUCUCAUUUA